GCCAUUGAUGUGGCCGGGCACCCACAAUAAAACGUCCAAUUUCCGUUCCUUGUGCAGCUUCAUCUUCUUCCUCCUCCGCUUGUUCGCGAAGCAGCUCCCUCGAGCCCUCGAGCUGCGAGCGGGAGGAGAGGCGUUUGGUGAGGGGUGGGAUUAGUGGAAGAAAAGGGUAGGGGUGGUUGGGUGGAUUGGCUUGGUCUGCGAUUCCCCUCCCCUCCCCUCCCUUCUUCUCCCGGCUGCCUCCGCCACCAACAAGCUGCGGGCUCUAUCGAGGAAAGAAGCAAGGGAGAUGUGCCCGCUGCGGGUGAUCCUCAUAUUCCUCUCCGCCACCAUCGCCGGCUUCUUCCUCAUCAGGGGACUCAAUGCCGAGCCCGACCUAUUCCAAGACGACGACGACAAGGCCUCCGAGUCGGAAUCCCCCAGGGCUCCCGUGCCCUUGCAUUCCAAGGUUGGAUCGGCUGUGAAAACAGGAUUCUGGACUAUGGUGGACAUGGCAAGCGGGCGUUACCUUUGGCGCACCCUUGUUGCACCACAGGCAAAAUCUGAAUCCGACAAGGCGCGGUGACGAAUGUUCAUAAUUUAUUUCAUAUCUUGGUGAUUGGGUGCUGCAAAGGCAAAGUUUGGCACAAUCUUGUUGUUAUUAUAUGUUGGCGUUGGUGUGUGAUACGGCGGCAAAUGUGACAUGGGGGGAUUAGAUACUUGAGUAGUUGUGCAAAAUUGCUCAUGUUUGAGUCUUGUUGUCUAAAAAUGUAAGUGGGUGCAGUGCUGGGAGUGUGGAGUUUGGACAUGACAUUUGGGCUGAAGUUUGCACGAUUUUGUUUUUCCACUAAGUCCAUGCUCUAAUGUGAGACUUGAAGCAUAUAACAAAACUGAGUAGCUGGAAUCUGGAAAUUUCUGAAAGAAUAUUGUUGGAUGGCAAGUCUGUAACUUUCUUUUGUUGAAGUGAUGUUCAGUUAUCGGUAUCUUA